AGAGCCCGGUUGUGAAACUUGUUUUGAAAAAAGUCAAUAAAAUCACGUGAAAUGGAAACAUACAGUGAUACGUAUGGUUAUACCUAUUUAUUAUCCCCUGAAGGAGUAACGAACAAUUGGGGAUGUGUAUCCCCUGAAUCAUACGAAAGUUAUUCAGAAGAAAACUAUAAAUCUUCAUCUCCUGACUCUUUAACUAGGAGCAAAAGCAGAGUGACGCCGGUGGUCCUGAGAAAAAGACGUUUGGCAGCUAACGCUAGAGAAAGGAGAAGAAUGCAAAAUCUAAAUCAGGCCUUCGAUAGGCUAAGAACCUUCCUACCUCAACUAGGACAAGAUAGGCAGUUGUCUAAGUACGAAACCUUACAGAUGGCACAAACUUACAUCACAGCCCUGUACGAUCUUCUGGAUCAACGUGAGUCUAUACAGUGAAGAUUAUUUCUAUUAUUUUUUUAAAUGUAUUAGUUAAAGCCAAAGUUGUUAUCUAGAUUUUUAUGUAUAGCUAGUAGAUAUAUGUAUAUAUUUUUGACUGAUAAUAUUAUUUAUUUGUUUUAGUAAUUUUAAGUUAGUUUAGG